AUAUUAACGCCCACAUCAAGCAACGCGUCCUUAAUCACUCUCUAGUGCGCAAAAACGGAGCGAGAGAUCUCGCUUCGUCUCUCUCUCUCUCUCUCUCUCUCUCUCUCAUUCGAUAACUCCGUCGAAUCGAUCGAUCUCCUCGAGGCGUUUGUGAUCGAUGGCUCCGGUGUCGGCGUUGGCGAAGUACAAGUUGGUGUUCCUGGGGGAUCAAUCCGUGGGGAAGACGAGUAUCAUCACUAGAUUCAUGUACGACAAGUUCGACAACACCUACCAGGCUACGAUAGGCAUUGAUUUUCUAUCAAAGACUAUGUACCUUGAAGAUCGGACGGUUAGGCUGCAACUUUGGGAUACAGCUGGGCAAGAGAGAUUUAGGAGUCUGAUACCGAGCUAUAUUCGAGAUUCCUCUGUUGCUGUCAUUGUAUAUGAUGUUGCAAGUCGGCAAUCUUUCUUAAACACAUCUAAAUGGAUUGAAGAGGUUCGCACAGAGAGGGGCAGUGACGUUAUCAUUGUCCUUGUUGGGAACAAGACAGAUCUUGUUGACAAGAGGCAAGUCUCAAUAGAAGAAGGAGAAGCCAAAGCACAGGAGCUUGGAGUGAUGUUUAUUGAAACAAGUGCCAAAGCUGGUUUUAACAUAAAGGCACUGUUUCGAAAGAUUGCUGCUGCGUUGCCAGGAAUGGAGACACUUUCCUCAGCAAAGCAGGAAGACAUGGUUGAUGUGAAUUUGAAGGCAACGAACGCAAAUUCGUCCCAGUCACAGCAACAAUCUGGUGGUUGCAGUUGUUAAUGUCCACCUAUGUUCUGUUGCGAUGAGAGUUUUCUGCUGUCUAAUAUAUUUCAAUUUGGGUCCUGUUGAAAAUAUCCAUGCUUCAUAUGGAAGGAGGAUUCGUCGGAGAUCGCAAUGGUGGUAAAUUAGUCUCAUCUUAUAGUGAUUGUUUCCAGCAAUUCCCUGUAGCUCAUUAUUUUGGUAGUGCUAGCUGAAAUGGUUUGUUUUUGUGGCCUAAACUUUCACAUUAGAUAAUUCAGUAGCUAAAGUGAAUCUGUCUACAGAAAAUAUGGUCAGUAGAAACUUAAUAUAGAGGUUCUUAUUGUGCUAUUAUAAUCACGGUAUUGUUGCAAACUUUUCAAUCUAUCAAUGUUGGUUCUAGUGAUACCUCUCAAUCUUUUUA